AGCACAGCUUCCUCAGUCCACGGCAACAGCUUCCCGACUCUACGGGAGCUGCGGACUGCUUGGUUCGGAGCAAUGGCAUUCUUGCCAAAAACCCUAAUCCUGCUGGGGCUUGCGCUCUGCUCCAGCGGCGCAUCGGCGGAAUAUGUGUCAGAAGCCGAUGAGAUGUUUCUCCAGCAGAUGCUGGACGAGCUCACUGGACGGCAAAAUCAGGGGCCGCAGGACGACACGGCCUAUUUGAAGGACGUACCUUCCGACGACGAACAUAUGUAUAGGGACCGAAAAGAAGGUCAGAUCUCCGUCUACAACUACGGACCGUCCAUCAGGGACCAGGAGUAUUUGGAACACAGUUCCCUCUGGGGACAUCAGUAUGUCGCCGGAGGCGCCGGUGAAGGCAUUCAAAGAUUGAAACCCGACGGAAGUGGCCGAAACGUUCAAGUGGUCAAGUCCGACGCAGUGCUCCCAGCUUACUGCAACCCACCGAACCCUUGCCCCAUCGGCUACACCGCCGACGAUGGAUGUCUCGAGGAUUUCGAGAAUACGGCUGCGUUCUGCAGAGAAUUCCAACAGCAGCAGGAAUGCAUGUGCGAUACUGAGCACAUGUUCGACUGCCCCGGAUCGACUAAAGAAGACGAGGUCAACACUCUCGCUCAGCAGAUAUCCAAUGAGGGUCUUGUCGAGUCCGCGCUGAACAGGAUCGCGGACAAAUUCGGAGAUAAGGAAGUUCCGGUGGAGGGACAACACAAAUCACUGGUCGCGAAAAAGUUUUUCAACAAGGAAACUCACCAAGAGUACACCCGUAUGCUUUCCGAGAAAAACAAGGACGAAGAACGAAAAAGUCGCGCGAAACGCUUCGCUGUCUUUGUCAACGACAGGAACCACGAGAACUCCACAUCCGAAGAGAAGGCGAAGACCGUGCCUCCUGCUCUGAAGAUCAAUCCCUAUCUCCAGGGUGAGAAACUCCCUGUCGUAGCGAAGAAGGGAUAAGAUGGAUAUCAUUUGAUUCAAGUCAGUCGGAGGUGAUGGCGAUGGAGCCGACCCUACCAGUUUUAUCAUCGUUAACUGUUAUGCUUGUAGUAGAGUCCUUAGAGCUGCAUUAUCGAUAUUUGGAACAGCUAUAAAAUUGUAGCUCAGAAAAAACUACAUUAACCCAUUUUCUUGUAUCGGGAGGCUAUGUUGUUAUACUCAGAAGAACCUCAGCGAUUAAAUCGAUUCCGGAUGAGAAUGACCGAAUUCGGAGCUGACUCAAAAUUUCGAGUAGCCCUUUAGUGGAAGUUCAGCCGGAGAUAACCCGCUCUUGAAGGAGGAGCGCGCGUAAGUUAUUCGAUGGCGAUUUAGCUUUAAGAUAAUGACCAAUGCCGCGUGGUGGCAUAAGAUUUCAUACAGGACAUGUUGCAAUGCCAUACGAUAGCUUUCGAUGCCAUACGAUAAGGUUCAAUGCCAUACGAUAGAGUUUAAUGCCAUACGAUCGUAUACGUAAGCAUACUUCAACGGAUUAGAGAUAAGAAUGCGGAAGACGAAAAACUCCAUUACAUCGGUUGAAUCAUUGCCUAGGUAUUGAUUUGCAGGAUUAUUAUCUCGAGGAAUCGAGAUAGAGACGAUAGAUGACCACGAUGAUGUACGCUCAGUCUGAGCGGGAACGCCCCAGGAAGGUAACAUGCAGGGGGCAGAACAACCUCAGAGGAACAGUUCUCGAAGUAGAGAUCUGAGAGAACUUUGUGUCCGAGUCCGUGAGAUCCAUGCGGACGGAUCCAUGAUAUAGCAUUCGAGGAGGAAACUCCAGAAAAAUUCGAAUAUCAGCUCGAUACCGGUGGCAACAGGCUUGAACGUGACGGAGUAUGCGAACCACGAUUCAGGUUUCCAAUGUGCCUCCGGCAACACGCCAUAUCGAAGCGCGCAGCGACUCAGCUGAUCACGAUCGUGGUUAAGAAACUGUGUUUGCUUGCGUCGCGAGUCGAUACUGGGCGUUAAAGCAUCCCCUUUGGGGGUCACCUGAUACCGGAAUCCGAAGGACGAUGUACCUCGCAUCGGGAUGCGGUGAGACCGGCCCAGCCGCCGUCUUGAAAUCGUCCAACAUUUUCGAGACGCUUGAACACAAGGAGUCUGGAAUGAAAUCAAGUGACGUACCAUCGCCGGAAUGCGACUGAGAUCUAGGAUUGGUAUCGCAGUGUAGCCCUCGGUGUCGUCCGAAGUCGUAUAUGCUCAUGGUAAACUGCAUAGAAACGAGCAACAUCGGUGGGAUAUCAGGAAUGACUCCGACAAACACGAUCACUCAUGAAGUUCGAUUCAGUAAGAAAUUCUCAACCUUCAUGAGAAAGGAAAUGUAAAAAACGAUUUGACCUGAAAAUUCGAUUCCCGACGUUCUGAAAUGGAAACUCGGCAAUGUCAUCCAGUGAGAUGUCGAGUAUUUGAAUGAGCGACGACCGUCGCGAAGAUCCUACCAAGUCAUAAUCGCUCCAGCCGAAGCUGAUCUCAUGCUUUCACGAGCGGGAAAACGAUAUUGGCAUCGCGUCGAGCGCCGUCAAAAUCAUCCCCAGCGGCAUAAAUGACGACAAUGGAUCGCGGGCACUGUAUAGAUAGGCGUCUCGAAAACAGGAAUAAAUUCGGCUCUUCAAAAUUAUU